AUGUCGUCGUCUUACGCUAUGAAGUCAAUGGGACCUAAAGCCUUCAAUCAUUCCUCUUCCAAUGAUGCUGAAGCCGAAUAUGACCGACUACGCGACCUCGCUCACAAAGAAGCUGCCAAACGCUCCCAAUGUUUCGACCAGGCGCAUCAAGCCUACACAUCCGGCGACGGAGCCAGAGCUCAUGACCUCAGUGCCGAAGGGAAGAAACACGCGGCGCAAAUGGACGCAUACAAUAGACAAGCAUCAGACUACAUAUUCCGAGAGAACAAUGCCCCUGGCAGAGUCGGAGACGAUGAAAUCGAUUUACACGGACAGUAUGUUGAGGAAGCGGAACGCAUUGUGGAAGAGAGAAUCAAAUAUGCGCGCCAACAGGGUCAAUCGCAUUUACAUGUUAUUGUAGGAAAGGGCAAUCAUAGUAAAGAUCAUGUGCAGAAGAUCAAGCCCAAGGUUGAGGAAGUCUGUAGGGAGUUGGGUUUGCAGUAUGCGACGGAAGAAAAUGCGGGGAGGAUGUAUAUCAAUUUGCAAGGGGGCGCAGCUGUUAUGCCACCGAGUGGAGGAAGCCAUGGGGAAAGUCAUGGGGGUCAGCAUCAUGGUGGUCAGCAACAGGGUGGAUAUCAACAACCAUCUUAUCAACAGCCUCAGCAAGGAUAUCAGCAACCUCAACAGAGUGUAUAUCAACAAGGCGGUCAACAGCAAGAACAACAACAACAACAGGACAACAACAACGACGAAUUGGAGAAAUUGGCGAGGAAAUUUCUUCCAAGAAUAUUACAGAAAGCGGAGAAAGCUUGCUGCGCUAUCAUGUGA